UAAUAAAAUAACUUAAAAACGUAAUUGAAACCUAAUCUACCUUUAUCUACUGUUGUAAAUAUAAUUAAUUAGACUCUGUUAUGUGUCUUACAUAUAGGAUUAUAGAGUAUAGAGUUUGAUUUAGAUGUAAAAGGCGAAUGAAAAAAUGAAAAUUAUUAGCUUUGGCUAGCGUCCUAGGAUUCAAGAUGGACGACUGCACUUUAGCAACGUUGACCGUGAAAUCAUGGACCUUGAUACCACUAUUUAAAAAAGAUAUUACUGAGUAUAGUACUACUGUUCCUAGUGGCGUAGAUAAAAUAACAUUUGAUUUAAGCACUAGUGAUAAAGGUGCUUCUUUUUCUAUUUCAGGCAGCAAUGGUUCUCGCGAUGUGCCAUUGACUGAAGGGGCAAUAACUCAGAUCAAAAUAGAAGUGACAUCAGAAGAUGGUCAUACAAAAUAUUAUUUUGUUCAUGCCAAACGUCUGUCUUCAAAAGAUGCCAAUUUGUCUGAACUCUGUAUCCAGGAUGGGAGCCUCGACCCUGAGUUUAACCACAACCAAACUCAAUACUAUUGUCUGCUGCCAUCCAACACAGUUAUGGCCUCAGUGAAAGCCCUGGCUCCAGAUCCUAAAAAUGUUGUUCUGGUGUGUGGUGGCCCUUCCACUGCUCCACUGCCACUCAAUCCUGGGCUGACUAUCAUUGACAUUGAAAUCACAUCAGCUGAUGGCUCUAAUAAAAAGACUUACACAGUUGAGGCCGUGAGGAAGCAGAUACCAAGAUUUGUCAAGCUUGUUGACUCUAAGGCUGCAGCAGAGUUUGAGUGCCCUAUUUCUCUAAGUCCAGUUUACUGCCCAGUCACAGUACGAGGCAGUGAGCCUAGACGCACCUAUUCUGGCCCAUCUAUGAAUGAGCUGACCAAAACAUCCAAAGUUGACCCUCUGACUGGACACUCACUGCAGUCUGGAUGGAAAAUUCAAGAUGUCAGCCUCGACCAAAAGCUGGCAGGUCAAACAGCUGUCAUUCCUUUAGUUUAUUCAGGUUCAUCAUCAGCCAAGCCAGUGAAUGAACUGGCGGGGAUUCUGGCAGAGUGCAGCAGACCCCUGCCACUUCAGGAUUUAUCUGGGUCUUUCAAUAACUCAAGUUUGACUCUUGGUAGAAGUCUACAGGAACACAAGUGGGAGAAAGCCCUCCAGCAGAUUUUUGACGAGACCAACGCUGACCAGCUGUUGAAAUCAGCAGAAACACAUCUGACAGAGUAUUACAAGAAGAUACCAAAGCCAGGUCAGUUCCAGCAGCAGUACAAUGAAGGGGAAUCCCCUAUUGUUGCUCUACAAAAUGCCAUCUACUGCCUGGCCACUGCCCUCAAGUACAAGCCCAAGGUCGCAGACAUUCACCUACGCCUGGCCAUGGCCUUGGAGGAAAAAUAUUAUGCUGAAGACAUGUUUGGUCUUAAGACAGUGGAUAAAUAUGAUGCACCAUCUUUAAAUCUUCAAGCAAAGGAGAGCUCCAAGAAGGAGGAGGUCUUGGCUAUUUGUAAACUGAAAGGUGUUGAGGGCUCAGCUCCAGUCAGUCACCAGCUGAAAGCUCUGGACAGUGAAUAUCACCACCUGAUUGACAGCGGUCAGAGUGCUAAAGCUGACCAUGUCAUGGCUCUGUUUGCCUGGUACAGUAAGAAGGUUUCACAGGAGGGUGACGCUGCCCACAAGGCUGAGGACCACGAAUCCCCCUUGGGUCAGGCCUACCAGAAAUACUUGGACGCCCUGUGUCUUGACGAGACAAAAGCUGUCUACAACUUCCAUGUGGGCAGGCUGCUGGUGACCAUGGGGGAGUACCAGGAUGCCAUCAGGAGACUGGAAGCUGCUCUGUGCUGGAACUCUUCACAUGAAAUGUCCAGGUUGUACCUGGGACUGGCCAUCAGCCUCAGCAAGGAGAAGACAAGAGACCAGGAGGCCGUCCAGUUUUUACUGAUGGGAAUGGAACUGCUUUUAGCUGAGCUCUCACAGCAAGCACUCAGCACAGAGGACACAGUAGUCAAGUCAAAACUUUUUGCUGAAGAUCUCCUGCGCUCAAGCAACGUGUACAUCCUGAGGGGCUUGGUCCAGCUGGGCCUCCUGCUGACACGGACUCCAGUCAAAGAUGCCAUGGCACCAGCCCACGUCUUUCACACUGCUGCCCUACUGGCCUCCCAAGUCCUGCCCACCCUAUGUCGCGGUGACCUGUACAAGCAAGUAGAAUGGGUGCUGCUUGAUGCCCACCAACAUCUGCUGGAGCUACUGAUGCAGCAGAAAGAAGGAGAUAAAGUCCUGAUCGCAGCACGAUGUCAAAGAUUAUCUGCUCUCAUUUUUAAUUCUACUAUAUCUGGCAACUCCAAACUUCUAGAACUCCAAGAAAAGAGCUGCCAAAAUCUGGUUUGGAUCCAGCCUUGUGUCAGCUACUCGUUGUUUUUGCUUGGCUCAGCCCAAUUUGCCCUGUAUGAAAACACACCAGAUGAGGCUUCUGCUAAAGAGAUUUUACAAGAUGCCAAAGCUUCAUUCCAAGCCAGCAUUGAGCUUGAGGGGAAGAUGAGCAGUGGGGAGGCGCCAGCGCUUCUAACAGGACAAAAAUGGUGGCAGGAGCACAAAAAGAGUUUGGAGCCAGCCAAGACAGCUGAGCCAGCCAAGACAGCUGAGCCAGCCAAGACAGCUGGGCCAGCCAAGACAGCUGGGCCAGCCAAGACAGCUGGGCCAGCCAAAAAAAGUCCACCACUAGCUGCUGGUCAAGCAGGGCGUGGUCGUGGAGUCGAACCUUCCGCAUCCAGCAACCAAUCAAAAGGAGCUGCCACACGUGGUGGAGUUGUUUCAAGAGGUGGUCCAGCUAGAGGUGGUAAGGUACAAACUCCAGUUGCACCCGCUGCCCCGCCUGCACCGGCUGCUCAGACUGCACCCGCUGCUACAGAAUUUCCAUCUGGAUCUAAAGCUGAGACUGCAAGCCUCCAGUUGGUAAAGAAUGUCAAAUCUUAUCAGGCACGUCUUGGCCUGGCCAGGGUUCUCAGGGCGGCCAACGAGCCAAAUGAGGCCAAAAAGUUGUAUGCUGAGGUCAUGGACAUGGCACCAGAGAUACAUGACGCUUAUAUUGAAAGUGCUGAGAUGCUAACCAAGAGCAGUCCACUGGAUGCCGUUGAUGUUUACUCCAGGUUUCCUGUCUCAGAAAAUCCGACGUUCGACGACGCUUUUAUUUUUGGAGAAAUCGUGGGCAUCUUGAUGAAAGCUGAGAAGUUUGAAGAUGAGAGGCUGGCCAAAAAUAUGAUAGCAUAUGCCAAAGUGCUGGGCGUAGGUGUUUUAGACAAGUACACCAAGAUUUUGGAGGAGAAAAACAAGAGCCAGCUGCUCAAGACUGUGUAUGCAGGGAUACACAACAAGCCAGUGGACCAUCCAGAUAUGCAAGCUUUUUUCAAAUUUAAAUUUUGGAUUUGAUUGGCUGCACAUUUGUGCUUACAAAAUAGAGAAUAGCUCUAGAUGGGCUGCCUUAAAUUAAACCUUGAUGAUUUGCCAGUGUAAAUAAAGUUUUUUCACUAGAAAAAGUUUGGGAUGAUAGAAGAGAUAAGGAUUGAUGGAUUUGACAUCUGCUGUGUGUGAGGACUAGUGUUUUGUGUAUUUUUCUUUGUUUGAGUGAUUACAAUAUACUUUGUAAUAAAAUAUUUUUGCUGUUUUUUA